GAUCCACCAGAGAAAAAUUAAACCUGGUUCCUGUCAGGUGAGGCCUGAGGUUAGGGUUGCCACCUCUGAGGUACAAAAAACCAGGACAUCUGGGAUGAUCCUGUGCCCAUAAAACUGGACAGCUUGCAGUGUAUACUGAGCACCCUUACAGAUUUCCCAGGACAGCUACCUCAAAAAAGGGACAAUCGUUGGAAAACCUGGACAGGUGGCAAACUUACCUAAGGAAUUGAUGCGCUUACAAUUGCCGGGUCAUUAUGCUGCUCCACCUGUGUAGUGUUAAGAAUCUGUACCAAAACAGGUUCCUAGGCCUGGCUGCCAUGGCGUCUCCAUCUAGGAACUCUCAGAAUCGGCGCCGGUGUAAAGAACCGCUCAGAUACAGCUACAACCCUGACCAGUUUCAUAACAUGGACAUCAGGAACAACUCCCAUGAGAUGGUAACCAUUCCACGGUCCACCAGUGACACUGACCUGGUCACUUCAGACAGCCGAUCUACUCUAAUGGUCAGCAGCUCGUAUUAUUCCAUAGGACACUCACAGGACCUAGUGAUCUAUUGGGAUAUAAAGGAAGAAGUAGAUGCGGGGGAUUGGAUCGGCAUGUAUCUCAUUGAUGAGGUCUUGUCUGAAAACUUUCUGGACUACAAGAACCGUGGGGUCAAUGGCUCUCACCGUGGUCAGAUUAUCUGGAAGAUUGAUGCCAGCUCUUACUUCGUAGAGCCUGAAACAAAGAUCUGCUUCAAAUAUUACCAUGGAGUGAGUGGAGCACUACGUGCUACGACCCCCAGUGUCACGGUGAAAAACAGUUCUGCUCCCAUUUUUAAAAGCAUCACCAGUGAAGAUCCGGUCCAGGGUCAAGGAAGUCGGAGACUGAUCAGUUUUUCACUCUCAGAUUUCCAGGCUUUGGGUCUGAAGAAAGGAAUGUUCUUCAACCCAGAUCCAUACCUGAAGAUUUCCAUUCAGCCUGGAAAGCACAGCAUCUUCCCAGCACUUCCUCACCAUGGACAGGAGAAGAGAUCCAAGAUCACGUGUAAUACUGUGAACCCUAUCUGGCAAGGAGAGCAGUUCAGCUUUGUUUCCCUUCCCACGGACGUUCUGGAAAUAGAAGUUAAGGACAAGUUUGCAAAGAGCCGGCCGAUCAUUAAACGCUUCUUGGGGAAACUUUCCAUGCCAGUGCAACGCCUGCUGGAGAGACAUGCUAUAGGGGACAGGGUUGUCAGCUACACUCUGGGACGUAGGCUUCCAACAGAUCACGUCAGCGGACAGCUGCAGUUUCGGUUUGAGAUAACUUCUUCUAUCCAUCCAGAUGAUGAAGAAGUCUCCAUUAGUGCAGAUCCUGAGUCAGCGGAACUGCAGGAAAGCCCUGUGAACAGCGCUGCAGAGGAAAUCCUUGGUGAGCCUCCCUGCACCGGCACAGUGACCUCAGAAAGUACAGCUCCAGAGCAGCUAAAUGGAUGCAAUGUGAAUGGUGUCAAUGUUGAUAGCCCUGGGGAAGUCAACCAGAACAGCUUAAAUGAAGAGCUAGCAGGAAAUAGGGAGGUUGAUGCAGUGCCAGCAGAUGCUAUUGAGUCCUUGGAAUCCAUCCCAGGGGAAGUGCUGCCUUCCCUGAGUGCUAUGGACCUCUCUGAGCAACUGGCUCUGCUGGCUUGCACGCCUCCUCCAGAGACUGAAGUUAGGGAAAAUAAUAAAGUCAAUUCUGUUACUCAGGGACACGACAACAUCUUUACCAGCAUAGAAGCUCUAGAUAUUGAUGAGGUGAGUGCAGACAUACAGACUGUCAAGGACCUAGAGAAAAUUCAGGAUGAGGAAGGGGCUUCAGCCCAGGAGGAAGAAGACAACAAGCUGCAGCUAAGAACAACAGGGAAGAGGAAAAACAGGCCCUGCUCCCUGCCUGUGUCUGAACUGGAGACGGUGAUCGCAUCAGCGUGUGGUGAGCCUGAGACCCCUCGCACACACUACAUACGGAUCCACAAUCUGCUUCACAGCCUGCCCUCAGCACAGAUGAGUAGCGAUGGAGAGGAGGAGCAGGGAGGCGGCGAGAAUGACGAAGAGUCAACAGUCAAGGAAAUGUCAGAGAAGGAUAUGGUUAGCGAGUCUGAGACGCUAGCGGCAGAUCCUCCGCCUGAAAGUGGAACUGAUGAGUAUUUCAGCCGGGGGACUGUGCCCCGCAGCACCUCAAUUGAGCAUCUCUCAGACUUAAAUGAGCAGCUGUUGGAUGGGGAACAUCCCAUGACUGGAAGCGAGAGUGAAUCAAGUUCCAGACCGUAUGGGGACAAUGAGUGUGACACCUCUUGCUACAGCCCAUCCUGUUACAGCACUUCCUGCUACAGUACGUCCUGCUACAGUACCUCCUGCUACAGCCCUUCCUGUUACGACAGUAACAAUCGCUUUUCCAGCCAUACCCGUUUCUCCUCUGUUGACAGUGCAAAGAUUUCUGAGAGCACGGUCUUUUCCUCACAGGAUGAUGAGGAAGAGGAAAACAGUGCCUUUGAGUCAGUGCCAGAUUCAGUGCAAAGCCCUGAACUGGACAGGGAGCAAGUGGAUGUCUCCGCCCAGUGGCCAGAUGAACUCGUAGCUCAUGGUGGGAAUCCACAAAGAGCAACUGAGACUCUAGAGUCCCCAGUAGCAGGUCCGAGCAACAGAAGAGAAGGUGAUUGUCCUUUACUCCAUAAUUCUCAGCCAGUCAGCCAGCUUCCUUCCCUGAGGCCCGACCACCAUCACUAUCCAACUAUUGAUGAGCCUCUUCCACCAAACUGGGAAGCUCGGAUAGACAGCCAUGGAAGGGUAUUUUAUGUGGAUCAUGUGAAUCGAACCACAACAUGGCAGCGCCCCACAGCAGCAGCCACUCCAGAUGGAAUACGCAGAUCUGGUUCAAUCCAACAAAUGGAGCAGCUCAAUCGGCGGUAUCAAAAUAUUCAGCGGACUAUUGCAACAGAGAGGCCAGAGGAUGAUGCUGUUGUUAACAACAGAGCCGAGAGGCUCUCCAUUGGAGGAGGAAGUGACUCUGAGGCAGACUUUUCCCAGCCAAACUCAGAAAUUAGAAGAGAAGGGUCCCUUUCUCCAGUGAAUUCUCAAAAAAUCACCUUGCUGCUACAGUCUCCAGCUGUAAAGUUCAUCACCAACCCCGAGUUCUUCACUGUGCUGCACGCAAACUAUAGUGCCUAUCGAGUCUUCACCAACAGCACCUGCUUGAAGCACAUGAUUCUAAAGAUCCGCAGAGAUGCUCGGAAUUUUGAGCGCUAUCAGCACAACAGGGACCUGGUAAAUUUUAUCAACAUGUUUGCUGACACCCGACUGGAACUUCCACGGGGUUGGGAGAUCAAAACAGAUCAACAGGGCAAGUCCUUCUUUGUUGACCACAACAGCCGUGCUACCACUUUCAUCGAUCCCAGGAUCCCACUUCAAAAUGGCCGUCUCCCUAAUCAUCUGACUCACAGGCAGCAUCUCCAGCGACUUCGCAGCUACAGUGCUGGAGAGGCAUCGGAAGUCUCCCGGAAUAGAGGCGUUUCUCUGUUGACCAGACCAGGCAACAGCCUAGUAACAGCUAUUCGAAACCAGCACCAUCAUGAGACAUUACCUCUGGCUUACAAUGACAAGAUUGUUGCAUUUCUACGCCAACCAAACAUUUUUGAGAUGCUGCAGGAGCGUCAGCCAAGCUUGGCCAGGAACCAUGCACUCAGGGAGAAGAUCCAUUACAUUCGGACAGAGGGUACACAUGGGCUUGAAAAGUUGUCCUGUGAUGCAGAUUUAGUAAUUCUACUGAGCCUCUUUGAAGAGGAUAUUAUGUCUUACAUACCCUUGCAGGCUGCCUUCCACCCUGGCUACAGCUUCUCUCCUCGCUGUUCGCCCUGUUCCUCACCUCAGAACUCUCCAGGAUUACAGCGAGCUAGCGCAAGAGCGCCUUCUCCAUAUAGGAGAGACUUUGAAGCCAAGUUACGCAAUUUCUAUCGAAAACUUGAAGCCAAAGGAUAUGGGCAAGGUCCAGGUAAAAUUAAGUUAAUUAUACGGCGUGAUCACUUGCUGGAAGGCACCUUCAAUCAGGUGAUGGCUUAUUCACGCAAGGAGCUUCAGCGGAACAAACUCUAUAUCACGUUUGUAGGAGAGGAAGGCUUGGACUACAGUGGUCCCUCCCGAGAGUUCUUCUUCCUUCUGUCUCAGGAGCUCUUCAAUCCUUACUAUGGCCUGUUUGAGUAUUCAGCCAAUGACACUUACACUGUACAGAUCAGCCCCAUGUCUGCGUUUGUGGAAAACCACCUUGAAUGGUUCAGGUUCAGUGGUCGUAUCCUUGGCCUUGCUCUCAUUCAUCAGUACCUUCUUGAUGCUUUCUUCACGAGGCCAUUCUAUAAAGCACUACUGAGGCUGCCAUGUGAUUUAAGUGACUUGGAGUACCUGGAUGAGGAGUUUCAUCAGAGCUUGCAGUGGAUGAAGGAUAACAACAUCACUGAUAUCCUGGAUCUCACUUUCACAGUGAAUGAGGAGGUGUUUGGCCAGGUGACAGAAAGAGAGCUGAAAUCUGGGGGUUCAAAUACACAGGUGACAGAAAAGAACAAGAAGGAGUACAUUGAGAGAAUGGUAAAGUGGCGUGUGGAACGAGGAGUGGUUCAGCAAACAGAGGCUCUAGUCCGUGGCUUCUAUGAAGUUGUAGACUCCAGGCUCGUCUCCAUUUUUGAUGCCAGAGAGCUAGAGCUGGUGAUUGCAGGCACUGCAGAAAUAGACCUCAAUGACUGGCGUAACAACACAGAAUAUCGUGGAGGUUACCAUGAUGGGCAUAUUGUAAUUCGGUGGUUCUGGGCAGCAGUAGAGAGAUUUAACAAUGAACAGAGGCUACGGUUCCUGCAGUUUGUCACUGGAACAUCUAGUGUGCCAUAUGAGGGGUUUGCAGCCCUUCGAGGGAGCAAUGGUCUGCGGCGCUUCUGUAUAGAGAAAUGGGGAAAAAUAACAUCCCUUCCAAGGGCACACACAUGUUUCAACCGCUUGGAUCUUCCACCUUACCCAUCUUAUUCUAUGCUGUAUGAAAAGCUGUUGACAGCUGUUGAAGAAACUAGCACGUUUGGACUUGAGUGAGGGAAUUCAGGCACUUCUGAUAUUUUCCUGGCUGAUGAUGUCACCUUCCUUCCCCACCAUCAUAUGAUCUUGGUUUUCCAUGUUUUUAUUUAUGAAAACAAAAAUCAGGAUUGACAAAAGCUGUGCAUGAAGAACUGCCUCCCUAAGAUCUAACCUUCAUGCUUUCAUCCUCAGUUUCCAAUGGACUCCUGUAUGCAAUAGAAAAACAACUGUCUCAAGGUUUCUGUAUGUCUCCACAUACCUCCAUUAAUAAUAAUGAAAAUACAAAUGCAGGUUAUGUUACACUUGACCAAAUGUUGAUAAAUGUUUACUUCCACCUACGUUGAUUAAAAAAUAAAUAACCUCAUCAACCAUUCCAAGCUUCUAUAUGCCUGUGUCUUCUAAACAAAUCCACAGUUCAUCUUACUUCUUACCAGUUGAAUUCAGUCCUGGGAGGUGGUCAAGCGUUUCUUUCAUCCAUCCUUGUUUUUCCUGUACAUAUCGUCCAUCAUAGAGAUAUCUAUGAGUAAAACUGAAAUUUUUAUACAUGGACUCAAGAUCCACAUCAACCGGAACUGGCCCAGGCAAAUGAUGCAGAUAAGACAUUAAAAAAAAAAAAAACCUGUAAUGCAAUGCAAAGUAUUCCAGUGGUUGCUAUGGAUGGUUACUUGCCGUACUGGAAAGAACUUGCACUUCAGACAUUUUGGGAGGGGCAUCUCUAUUGUAAUGUUUACCACACAAGAAGCACAAAUUUGUGCACACUCAAGAAGGAUGUCUCAUUAUGUAGCAUAAAGGACAAGGAUCCCUCACCUAAAUAUUGUACAUGACAAAGAAAAGGGGACUAAGAAGAAUGUUCUGUUCUUGUUAAUAUCUUUGGAUUCUGUUUACUGAUUCUUUGUUAUCUGAUGUUUAAAACACAUCCUUACAAAUGAGAAGUAUAGACAAUCCCGUCCCUUAUAUCAGAAGCCAUUUAUUUCUUGUCAGGCAGGGCUAACUUCUGGUUGUUGUUUUUUCCCUUUGUUGUCAAAUGCAAACCUCCAUAACCUCAGAAUUGGUUGUGCACAGAAGGGUUUAGACAAAGUUCUAUUAAAUGUGCAGCUGCAGCGAGAUUGUAUCUCUCUUUUGCUUAAGCAUUUGUAGCAAUUCUUCUUGGAGUGAAGCUCAAUGACCCACAUGGCCUCAUUAGGUACCACCAAAUUAAAGAUCCAGUUCUUUUGCGGUGCCUAAUUAAGACCUCAAAUUCUUUAAUUUUGUGGGCUUCACCUUUCAGCUCCAAAGCCAGGAAAGGCAAGGCACACAGCAGCAUGCUUGUCUUUGAUGCAUAUUGCUGAGGCUAUUACAAUCAAACCCACAGCACUGGUUGUCUCCAACUUUUAACCUUUGCUGCCCUUGUUUUCCAAAACUAAUUGUGGAUUGAAAGUGUUUGUCUUAACUGGGAAAAUGUGAAGUGAGCUCGAUAGGGUCAAAGACUACCCAUAACAAAAACUAAGUGAAAUAUACAGGGUAAUUCUGUCUUAAUAGGAGCAAUAGCUCACGUGAGAAGGAUGGCAGUCAGAUACCACACCCAUCUGUGUCUCUGUUACUAUGCUCAUUUUAUUGUUAUACUUCCAGGAGCGGCGCCAGGUUUUUGCCGCCCUAGGCGGCAGCGCUCCGCCUCUGAGCAUGCAGCAUCGGGGGUCCUUCCGCUCUGGGUCU